AUGAGUACAGACGAUCGAAGCGGCCAGAUUCUUGGCUCGGCCAUUGCUUUCUUGAUUCCUACUGCUAUCUCUACUGCGUUGCGUGUUUACACGAGGACCAAAAUCCUUCGUAGUCAGGCCGGUCGUGAUGACAUCGCCAUGGUGGGCGCAUUCGCACUAUACCUCACUUACCUAGUCUGCCAACUCAUGGGUGUCGCACACGGAAGCGGCAAGAAGAAAGCUUNNCUGGACGAUGACACUGCACAAACUGGUCUAAUGGUUAGUCCUUCUUGCAUCAUCCUGUCACUACAACGAGCAACAUCACUAAUACUCGCAACCCAAACAGNNUACUGGUUCUUCUGCGAAAUCACCUACACCCUCGCCACCGCAACGCUCAAAAUCAGCAUCGGCCUGUUCUUACUUCGUAUCGCCGUCGACCGCAUGCACAUCUGGAUCAUCCGCUGGAUCAUGAUUUUCAACGUCGUCUUUGCCGUUCCUUAUUGUUUGCUCGUCACUUUCCAAUGCCGACCUAUUUCCUACUGGUGGGAUCUCAAUCCUGAUCAUCAUGGCCAUUGUUUGUCUCCCAAAGUCAUCGUAAUCAACACUUAUAUCAUCUCGGUCUUGAACUCUGUGGCGGACUGGACUUUUGGAAUCUUGCCCUUUNUUAUUGUUAGAAAGUUGCAGAUGAAGAGGCAGACCAAGGUUUUGGUGGCCAGUAUCUUGGGCUUUGCCGCUUUAGGAAGCACAGCAACCAUCAUCCGCACCNCCUUCGUCCACACCCUCAAAGACUUCAAAGGCGAAUUCCUCUACAACACAGCCGACGUCGCCAUCUGGACAACCGUCGAACUCGGCAUCGGCUGCACGGCCGCCAACGCUGCCACUUUACGCCCUCUCCUCUCCCGUUUCCGCAGCNGCCUGGGUGUGCCUUCUACGCAAACCGGCAGCAGACCCCUCGGCAACACUAUCAGCGCCAGAGGAGGCAAACGCAGCAAAAAUCGCAUGGAUAUGGAUGACCAAACCCUAGUAACACUCGACGAACUCCGUGCCGGCGGCGUCGACGGCGGGAAAACUGAAGUGGUGAUUGCGGGAGGGUAUCAGCAUGAAUUACCUCCGUUACCAUCUCCCGGCUUGGGCGCAUGGAAAACCAGGGAAGUGGUGCAGAGUGUAGAGAUCAGGACGAGUUUGAGCGAAGGUUCUGAUGGGGAUAGUAAAGAGGAGGAUGAGAGGAGGAUGAACAGUUUAAGGGGUUGA